AUGUUAAAGGACUUGGAAUAUCCCCAAUAAAUAGUCAUAACUCCUUAUUUAGCUUCUAAUUCUGUUGGCUAUCACAAAGAAUAUCCAAAAUCUUUGUAUAAGCAAGUCUUUGAACCUGACAUUAUUAUGAAACCAAACUAUAAAGCAAUCAAAAUAUUUGAUCCUUAAGAACUUGUAAGACAUUUGCAAAAAAAUUUUCCUUUGAUUAGGAAAAACAUUUUGCAGUUCGAUGACUAAAUGAAAAAAUUAAAUUUAACUUUUGGACAUAUGAUAGUAAAUGGUAUUAUAUAUUUUAAUAUAUCAGGUUUUCACAUUGAUGAUUUCUUGAAGAAAUUCUUUUUUGUUUUAGAUAAAAGAUUGCAUAAAUUUUUUGAUCAUCUUGACUAAAGUGUUUUCAAAUUGGAUGGAAAAUAAUCAUAAGAAUUAAUUCCAGGUGAUUACAGAAUAGGAGAUACUAGACAACAUAUUAGAUAAAAGUUAAUUGAUAUGUCAAAUGAUCUUGUAACUAAGUUUGCUUCCAGAAAAACUCCUUAAGAAUAUGAUAGAGAAGUCAUUAAGAAAAUAGAUUAAAUAUUAAGAGUUUAUGAAUUAUUGAAAUAUGAUUAAGGAUGGCAUUUUAUCAUAAAUAUCACAAAAUUCAAUCUAGAAGAUUUACUAGAAAAAGUUUGUAAUAACGAUCUCACAAAAUUUUCAACAAUUGAUGAAUUGAUUGAGUCUAUGUUUCUUAUAUCCAUUAAAUAAAUUAAAGAUGCAACCGAACAUGAAAAUACAAGUCCACUUUUUGUUUUUAAUAAAGAUGUAGUAUUGUCUAAGUAAAUUAUUAAAAUUAAAUUAGAUUUCAUUCUAUUAUUAAUGAUAGAACAGAUCCUUAAAUGUCAACAGAUGAUUUGUAUUAUGUAAGUAAAACUGUAUGUAUGAGGGAUAGAAGAAUCAUUUACAACGAAUUUUAUAAUUAAAUUAAUAAGGAACUUAAAGAAAUUGCUCCUGAAUAUUUUUAGUUUGCUACAACAGAGAAGAGUGAGUAUUUAAAGAAAAGAGAAGAACUUCAUAAAAAAUUAUUAAAAAUUUAAAAUGAUUGGGAAUCAUUAAAGGAAGAUGAAAACUACUAUUUAAUUUUAGAGGACAGAAUUAAUGAAGAGGAUUUAAGAAAAGUUCCAUUAACAAGUGAACAAUAGUUACAAUAAUUAUAAAAAUUAAAUAUCUUUGCAAAUAAAGCUUCCAACCUAUAAUAUGAUGCAGUCACUUUAUUUAAAGACAUUUUGGAUCAUAAAGAUAACUCAAAGCUCUUAAUUGAAAGUAAACUUCAAGAGGCUUUGGAAAAGGCAAAAUAAUUUUAUAAUAAAAUGACACCUGGCAGAACACCAUAGUCAAAUUAAAUAAAAUAGCAUGUAGAUAGUCUUUAUAGUGAAUUAAUAAUUUUGUUAAAUUCAGAUAUAUCCAAAUAUUAAGGAUAGAUGUCUUUAACUGAUAAAUCAAUUGAACAAUAACUUGCUAAAAACAAACAAAAUCCUUAUUUAUAAUAAGUAUCAAAAGAAAUUCAAAGAUAACAGCAUGUUAGAGAUCAUAUGUAAAAAGAAUAAGAAAAUGAAAUGAAAAAAAGAUCUGAAUUAGUUAAUGAGUAGAUUGAUCUCAUGAUAAGAUAACAAUAUUAGCGAGAUCUCUUUAAAGAAGAUGUAUCAACAAGACCAAACUAACCUGUAAAUGCAGGUAAAAUUAUGGAAGGAAGUUCAAUUACUAAUGAACAUUAUUAUGAAAAAAAAGUUGCCAACUAUCAAAAACCUGAAUAAGAAGCAGGUAAAUAUGAGAAGAAGAUAAAUAACAAUAAGGGUUAAAAUGUUUCUAGCCUGAGUAGAGAUGUUUAUGUUGCUUCCACACCAUAAUAUUAUGUUGAUAAAAUUAUGGGAUAACCUGUAAGCUCUGAAUAAUUAAGAGAAUAGUUAUAAAAUAAAUAUAAUCAACCACCAAAAAAAAAUGACCCUUAUAAAGAAAUCUCUAAAUAAGAACCCCCUAAAAAACCUGAUCCUCCUAAAGAAAUUCCUAAAUAAGAACCACCAAAAAAGCCAGAUCCUCCUAAAGAAAUUCCUAAAUAAGAACCUCCUAAAAAGCCUGAUCCUCCUAAAGAAAUUCCUAAAUAAGAACCCCCUAAAAAACCUGAUCCUCCUAAAGAAAUUCCUAAAUAAGAACCACCAAAAAAGCCAGAUCCUCCUAAAGAAAUUCCUAAAUAAGAACCUCCUAAAAAGCCUGAUCCUCCUAAAGAAAUUCCUAAAUAAGAACCACCAAAAAAACCUGAUCCUCCUAAAGAAAUUCCUAAAUAAGAACCACCAAAAAAGCCAGAUCCUCCUAAAGAAAUUCCUAAAUAAGAACCUCCUAAAAAGCCUGAUCCUCCUAAAGAAAUUCCUAAAUAAGAACCACCAAAAAAACCUGAUCCUCCUAAAGAAAUUCCUAAAUAAGAACCACCAAAAAAGCCAGAUCCUCCUAAAGAAAUUCCUAAAUAAGAACCUCCUAAAAAGCCUGAUCCUCCUAAAGAAAUUCCUAAAUAAGAACCACCAAAAAAACCUGAUCCUCCUAAAGAAAUUCCUAAAUAAGAACCACCAAAAAAGCCAGAUCCUCCUAAAGAAAUUCCUAAAUAAGAACCUCCUAAAAAGCCUGAUCCUCCUAAAGAAAUUCCUAAAUAAGAACCACCAAAAAAACCUGAUCCUCCUAAAGAAAUUCCUAAAUAAGAACCACCAAAAAAGCCAGAUCCUCCUAAAGAAAUUCCUAAAUAAGAACCUCCUAAAAAGCCUGAUCCUCCUAAAGAAAUUCCUAAAUAAGAACCACCAAAAAAACCUGAUCCUCCUAAAGAAAUUCCUAAAUAAGAACCACCUAAAAAGCCUGAUCCUCCUAAAGAAAUUCCUAAAUAAGAACCACCAAAAAAGCCAGAUCCUCCUAAAGAAAUUCCUAAAUAAGAACCUCCUAAAAAGCCUGAUCCUCCUAAAGAAAUUCCUAAAUAAGAACCACCAAAAAAGCCAGAUCCUCCUAAAGAAAUUCCUAAAUAAGAACCUCCUAAAAAGCCUGAUCCUCCUAAAGAAAUUCCUAAAUAAGAACCACCAAAAAAGCCAGAUCCUCCUAAAGAAAUCUCUAAAUAAGAACCACCAAAAAAACCAGAUCCUCCUAAAGAAAUCCCAAUGCAAGAACCCCAUAAGAAACUUGAGCCAUAAAAAUAUAUGGAAUAACCAAAUCAGAAACAAAAAAACGUUGAUCCUUAUGCAAUUGAUUUCGCUGAUAAUGAUGAUCUUGAUGAUGAUGAAUUUGAUAAUGACUAUAAUCCAAAAGCUUAAUAAUUUUUAUAAUAAUAGCAACCCUAGAGAGGUAUAUUUACAAAUUUAUAUAGGACUUAAUUAAUAUCAAUAGCCUUCAAUAAAACCAGGAAAUGAUUUCAAUUUAGACUCUGAGGAAGAUAAUUAGAAGCCAUAAAAUUUAAAUGAAAUAUUAUAACCUGAUGAAGAAGGGGAAGAGAUUGAUUAAAUUCUUAUAACUCCAGAAAAUUUGCCAAUAAUAAAUAAAUACACUAAAGGAACCAAAUUUGGGAAGUCUACACCAAUAACAAUUUAAGAAUUCAAUACUUUUGAUCAUGUUAUUUAAUUAUUUGAAGAUUUUAUUAUUUAAGAUGAAGCUUAUUUUUUAGAUUUUGAUGAAACUGGAUAGUUAUUGUUCAUUUUUGAAAAAUUACUUUCUUAAGAAGAUCCUUAAGAGGAAAUUGAAGAAAUAGAUAAAUAUAUUUAGGCUAAAUUUUUUGAAAAAACUUAAAGAACUAACUUUGGUGAAUAAAGAAAUUUUUUCCCAUUUGAGGAUAAUCCAUUUUUAUUCUAUCUUAUAGAGAAGGAUCCCCUUUAAAAAUAAUUAAUAUUAUAUUAUGAUGAAUAGCCAAAAGAAGAUCAUAUGGGGGAGGAAUUUAAUUAAUUUUUGAACAUCUUCCAAUAACUAUUCUUAUGUGAAGAUUAUGAAAUUUCUCAAGUUCUUCUUCCAGCUUAAUCAAAAAAAAAGCUUGAUUCCUUUGGACCUGAUGGCAAAUAUUUAAAAUAUAUGCUUACAGUUUUUACAAUUCUUUAUGAACAAUAAGCUAUUUAGGGAGACAUAAUUAUUAACGAUGACACUAUUGCAAGAGCCUUUUGGGCUCUACAUUAAGCUACAGAAUUAUACACAUUAUUACAGGAAAAUGAGGAAGAUGUUAGAAAUGCUUUUGUUGAUAUUUUAUAAUAGGCUCAAAAUAAUGAUAAAACUGUUUAAAUUGCAACAAUAGAAGAGCCUUACUCAAAAUAAGGGAUUGAAAAUUUAUAAUAGGUAACACUUAUAAAUUAUUAUUUUAGCAAGUAUAAGAGAUUUAUUAAGAUUUUCUAUAAAAUAAAGCUAUAAAACAAUCCUUUUUCUCAAUAGAUAUUAUAAUUCAACAAGAAUAAAAAUAUUGUUUAUAUGUGCAUUUACAAAAGGUUGCUUAACUUAAUUUUCUUAAAGUAUGAACAUUAGAUUUAUCUAGAUAUUUACUUUGUAAAGUUAUGGAGAAUUAAAUUAAUAAAUGCUAGAAUUUUUAUUAAUGGACGAUGGCUUGUUUACAUAGAAAGUCUAUAUGGAUUUUCCAAGACAUAAUUUCUUCUAAGAGUAUAGUGAAGUUACACUAGGUGCUUUUUACCAUCUUGUAGUUAAGAAAAAUUUAAAGCCAGAAGAGGCCAUGGUUAAUUUAGUUUUUUCAUUAGUUCCAUAUAAUCUAAUUUUUACAAAAUAAGAAUGA